ACAGAAUUGAUCAGAAAAAAUAGACAGCUUAUUAUGGGUUUCUAGCAAACGUUAUUGGCAAUCUAUCGUCGACUGAUCUAUUUUCAGUUCUGUAGGUAAUUUUAUUUUGUAUAUAACAACGGAUUUCGUGUGCUCUGCCCCAUUAAACGGAGCGGCAGUCAUGUUGAGCGAAGACAGUUUGCGAAGCAUCGAGUCCGGUUCCGAAACAGAUCUUACCAAUGUGCUUGAAGCAUUUAAUUCAGAGAAUGCCCAGACAUUCAGCUUCCCUAAUGUAACUACUGACUUCAAACAGAAAUGCGUGCAGACGAUCACAGGUCGCCUGAAGGGGGCACUGUCGUCCAAGUGUCAGAUUCUGUGCCUGCAAGCCCUUCGGAUCUACAGUCGUGAGAAGGAAAGGAUGGAGGUGUUGACAUCGGACGACACCCUGGAACUCCUUGUCAAGCUGUCCGGGCUGCAGUACUACGCAGAGGAGGAAGGGGAGGGAGUCACUAUCCAAGAUGGAGACCAAGAUGUGAUGGUUGAAAGCCAGAAAUGCCUGUGCAAUCUCAUCUUCAACAGUACAGUUGCUCAAAGAUAUUGCAGAGAAAGAAGAAGAGUUUCAGAGCUUAAGGACCAGGAUGUGGGCCUCUGUGGUGAAAUCCUUAAAGAUCCUGUUCAGCCUGCAUUGGCGGCUGAGAAGAAACGACAGAUGGGACCGAAGAUCCGGUAUGAGCUUCAUGGCUUCACGUAUCUGAUGGAGGUGCUGGAUCUCACGCUGCGCGCUGCAGAGGAGAAGAGGACAGGGCUUGGCGACCAGGAUGUCGACCUCUGUAGUGAAAUCCUCAAGAUCCUCUUCAACCUCACCGUGGCGGUUGAGAAGAAAUCGGCAGAUGAGGAGGAAGAGGCCCACUUCAUGAGGCUGGUGAGCGUUCUACGGGAUCUGCUCAUGUGCACAACCAUAUCUAAAGACAAGCAGGAGGAACUACACAGCCACACCGUCAACCUCCUCAUCAACAUCCCUGUAGACUUCUACGAGGAGUUGUUGACCCCGCUCAAUGAGAGUGAUGUUCGUGGUGUCGAGAACAAAGACGUCGAAUAUGAUGGCAAAAACAUGGAGGCUAUCAUUGUCCUCAUUGAAUUUCUCAGUAAAAGGCUGGAUAGGCCCUCCAAGAGUCUUAAGGAGAGCCUGACCCCGAUCCUCCACUGUCUGUGUGAAGCCUGCAGACACAACCGCUCAAUAAGAAAGUUCUGCAGGACAAAGAUUCUGCCUCCACUGCGGGAGGAGGUGAAGAGGCUGCCCGAGGAGGGAGACUCCCUAAGGAACAGAUUGUGUAAACAGUUGACCUCUCCCGUCACAGAAGUUAAAGAUUUAGUUGCUCACUUCAUGUUUGUGUUGUGUAAAGAGAAUGUGAAUCGUAUGGUGAAGUACACGGGUUACGGCAACUGCGCUGGGUUGCUGGCACAGUUCGGUUUGCUCAAGCUGGAACAGGGGAACACCAAGGGAGACUACUCUAGCGACUCUGAGGACUCAGACACGGAGGAAUACUCAGAAUUGAAAGACCAAAUAAACCUUGUGACCGGGCGUUGGGAGGAGUCAAAACCUGACCCGAUGGAGGGCAUGUCUGAAGAGCAGAAAGAGCAUGAAGCCAUGAAGCUGGUGGAUGCCAUGGACAAGUUACACAGGCAAGGGUUGAUCCAGCCCAGUCGAAUCGGCCCUGACGGCAGCCCAGUACCCGUACCCGUGUCCCACAUUCUGGAGUUGGCUGAAUCUGGAGGAGCCACUGCCGCCAAAGAAACAGACUCUGACUGAUUCGGCCCGGAGAUGUAGUUGUUUCUGACUGACCAGAUCAGUGACUGACACCUUAGUUCAUUAACUGGAAGCAUCUUACAAAGUGUUUAAGUGAUUAAAAAAUAUUUUCAAAAUGGAAGUGAUGAUAUUUCCAGUGACAAAAUGUUACAAGUAUUUUUGUUGUUGCAGCUUAUAGGAUAGAUGCAGAAUUUCUUAUUCCUUUGGUGAUUUUCGCUCUUGAAAGUAAUCAAGUUAUAUACCUAAGCCUCGAAAUCUGGUAGACGUUACGAGAAAAUUCGGUGAGAAAAUUGCAGAUAAGUGCAGGCACAGAUUUCUUAAUUUUUGCACUGUUGUAGUUGGCAGUCUAUUGUAAAAUAUGUCUACUUGUAUGGAAGAUUCGAUAUAUAAAGAAAUGUUGACAUCUUAUGGAAGAACAAGCCAAAUAUUUCCUUUAUGCUUAUAUUUGUGUAACUUUUUCUUGUAGUUCUGUCUUGGAUUGUCAGACAGGAUGGAUGUUUUUCGGCGCCAUUUCCAAAAUUUAUACUCCCCCUUCCCCCUUUAGCAUUUAUAUGCACUUAGAGUUAGAAAAAAGCGUACUUGUUAAUGUUGCAUAUCGUUUUCAAAACAUCUGUUUGCAACUUGUUACAUUUUACUGAAUAACUAAAGGUUCGAUCUGAAGAAAUAUGAUUCGUCUUUUCUGAAAAUAGUUUGUUUUUUUAAACUUAAAUUAUUGGCGGAAUAUUUUCAGAAUAUAUAUUUACCAGAACAAAGUGCUAUAGAAAAGUUAUGUCCCAGUGAUUCGGUUUUUAAAACAUUUGAAGAACACUCAUUGACAAUGUCAUCUUUCAUCCUACCAUUCAAGAAGAAACCACACAAUAGGUGUGUCGUGUUUGUAAUCUCAAUAUUCAUCUCAGAAAGGUAAACUGUUCUAUCAUUGAUUCAGUGGUUUAGAAAAUAGACAUGAACAACUUGCCUUCAAAAAUGAAUGGUUAUAUUACGAAGCAAGAAAACUAUUUGUAAUGGUGAAAAAAAAAAUGUUUGUUUCUUGUGUUUGCUUGUCAAUGUGCCAAUAGGCGGAGGCAAAAUCAUAUCAGACAAUACUGUCUUGGUUGUUUAGAGGUGAAAUUGAAAUAUUAGGAUGCUAAGAAAGAAUUUCUAAAAGUAUCAAGGGUGGUAUAUAUAAUGUUUUAUGCAUCCUUGAAACACGUAGGCAAUUUGUAUAAAACCUAACAGAUGACACAAUCUGCAUGUUUCAUAAAAUGAGGGUAAACUGAAAACUGAUAUGAAACAGUUUGAUCAGAGGUUAAGUUGUGCUGUGUCACCUGACCUUCAUUGUUGAAAUAUUUCCAGCUCUCUGCUUCUUUUUUAUUGUUAAAAGCAUAUAUUCUCCUGCUUGGAAAUCUAUAAAAUUUGUUUUCUU